CUUCUGAACGCACCACCCCGCAAGAGAAGAAGAACAAGUGUCCAGGCAGCUCCACCACAGCCAUCACCAUGACGACCACGGCCCCAGCUGUUGCUAUGCUACUCCUGAUCCUGGCCCUGAACUCUGGGACCUCGGAGGCUGUGCAGGUCCAGGUGGAAGGGCUGAGCUUCUCCUUGGAGGACGUGCGGAUGCUCCAGAAGCUGACCCAGGGCCCGAGUAGACCGGGCAGCAUGAGCCCCAGACUGAGGGCCAGCUCCUGGCUGGUGUGCUCACACCCUGCCCUCCCCAACGCCUUCCAGGCCCUAUGCGACCAGCACAACAACGCUUCCCCCUCGCUGCUCGGCCUGACUAUAAGAGGGGAGCAGGAGGGGACAGACCCGUCACAGAGCAACCUGAAUCUCAAGCUUUCACUGUUUGCCUUUGACGAGAUCUUGACCGUGCCGACCAUGAGAGCUGUGCAGAGUCUGAUGCUGGUGCUGGCUGCUUGCAGCGUGAGUGGAGCCGUGGGCGUCAUGGUGAAGGACGGGGACCUGGUUUUCCCCCUCCAGGCCGUGGAGACCCUGAGAGGCCUGAUGGACCUCGAUGGUCCGGUCUCCCCACACCUCAGCCGGACCAGUGCGGCGAUGGUCUGCCACGACCCAAACCUGCCCCAGGUCUUCCAGCCCGUGUGUCAGGACAAGGGAGCAGCCAUGAGCUUGUCCAGAAUCGUGAGUGUCCUGAACUUCAGGGACGCCUGUGACAUCUGCGCUAACCCGUCCUGCUUCGGCUGCCGGCAGUGAGGGCCAGGGGUCGGCCGGGGCCUCAGUGAGGGGCCCCCCACCCCCGACUUCAACAUCUCACACCCGCCAUCUUCCCCCGAUCCAACAUGGCCGCCUGGCCCUGCUGGGGGCCCUGCCUCCCAUUGGUCAACUUCUUGUUACUGUUUUUCUUUUGGUUUUAUUGAUUGGCUACAGAAAUAUCACGGUUGGGUAAACUUCCUGUGUUCCUUCGUGGUCUUCCCUGUGUGUUGAUUACAACA